AUGCUAUCACUGAAACGUGCAUAUAUUGGAGGUCUCUCAAAGGAUAUUAACGAAAAGGAUUUGUCUGAACGGUUUCGUACGUUUGGUGAAAUUACUGAAGUGGAAAUUAUCCGACAGGCCACUGGUAGCAAAAAUUUUCUUGUCACUUCGAGGACGUGUGAAAGUCGAGGUUUUGCAUAUGUUACUCUCAAGAUUACAGAGAAUAGCUGGAAAAAAUGCGUGAAUAUAUUUAAUGGUGCAAAAUGGAACGGAAUAACACUAAAGAUUCAAGAAGCAAAACCUGAUUAUAAACAAAGGUUAAAACAAGAAUGGGAAACUCAGAAAAAAGAUAACGAGCAAUCAUCACAUCCCCCUUCAACGAAAAAACGUAAAAGGCCAAAAAAAGGCGAGGUGGUUGUAGAGCUCUCUAAAGACAUGAGGUUGGUAACGGAUAGUAAUAUCGAUGAGCAAAAGAAAUGGAAGCGUAUUAAUAAUAAUGGACGCGUUGCUACUGUUAUGCGGAUGCGAAAACCAGAUGGGAGUAAGGUCACUAUAGAUCCUUCGAAAUACCAAAAAAACCAUCGAAAGAUUUUCAAUAAUAUUAAUGAAGUGAAGCCUAAACCACUUUACGAAUUAAUUAUGUAUUAUGAUAAUGAAAAAGAAGUGCGAGAAGAGGAAAAUCAAUCAGAACAGAAGUAUUGUGAUGACGUUUAUAGAGAAAAGAAAAAAUUAUUUGAUAUUCCUGCUGUUCUCAAUAGUUCUGUCAAAUUCACAAUUUUUUUGAAACUGACUACCUUUGACCGACAAAAGGAGCACUCUAAUAAAAUUCGUCUUGAAGCUCUAAAAAAACGUGGACUUGAAGAGCGUGAGAAGAAGGCUAAAAUUGUGGCGGCGUUGCGAAGAGAUUCGGAGGAAAAGAAAAAAGGUCAUAUAGUGUUCUCUGGCAGCGAUAGUGAAGAAAACGAACAAAAAGAGUCACCUUCGAAAAAGAUGAAUUUAUUCAGUCUCGAUAAUGAAUCAAAUGAAGAUGACGAUAGUGAUGACAAUUCCUACCAAAUUGAAAUUAAUCAAAUUUUUGAAGGAUCAUCUGGUCGAAAACUUUUAAAUCUGCAAAAAAGGUUUCACGGGGAUACUCAAAAACCAGAAACAACACAAUCAUCAUCAAAUGAUCGUUACAAUAAGAAAGAAGAUGAUAUUACUUCAAUGCUUAUUGAAGAAAAAUCAAAAAAUAUGAACAUUCUUCAUACAAUGUUUGACAAUAUGGAGAUCGAAAAAUCUCAGUUCAAAACCAAUCGCUUAAAUCAUGAAACGCUGUGGAAAGAAAUGAUACAUUUUGAUCCUGAUGCUCCCGAAGAAGAGAUUAAAAAAACCAAACGUGUUGAAGACGAUAAUGCUGAUAUUGAAUUCACAAGGCCAUCGUCUAUAUUACCACCACCACCUCAAGUCUCAAAAGAAGUAAAAAUUGAAAUCAACGCAGACUUCAAAGGAAUAUUUGCUCCAAGUGCAUCAUCGAAUGUUGUGUCUUCUUUUUCGCUCUUCGGAAAUAAUAACGAGAAAAAUGAAGGGAAUAAAAAUCCUGAUCGUGAAAUAGAUGUGGUAGAAUCUAUAGAUGACAAUUCAAAGUGUCUAUUUUCUUCGCAAGAUAUCAGACAAACCUCAGCAUCUCAUCCUUCUUCCAGACCAGCAAAUAAUUCUUUUACUGCGACUACCUCUGGCCCUUUAUUCUUUUUCCAUUUUGGGGAUGAAGCAUUAGAAAAAAGAUCACAUUUUCGAGAAUUAAAUACGUUUAUGAGAACUGUGCCUAUUGAGGAAAUCAUAAAAAAUUGGGAAAACACGCGACAAAAUUUAACCCAAGAAUUCAAACGUAAACAUAAAUCUGUAUCACGGAAACGACGAAAGAUGCAACGUAAAAUGAAUCAAAACUAG